AUGUUUGAACCACGCUCCAACCCCUUCGUCGAGAAGACAUGGUCCCUCAAGAGAAACGGACCAACCGCCACCUACAUCCGCAAGCCAGACGGGACCCUCGGCCGCGCGCCUCUCUCCCCAAACUACACCUGCUGGACCCCUCCCAACGUGCUCCCCCGUGUUGCCGCCGAGCGCGCCGCAGCCUACGACCUCCGCCUCUGGCAGAUCAGCCGCAACGCAGACGAGUACAAGGCCCGCAAGGCCGCCGCCAGGGCAAAGUGGCGGCGUGAGCGCCAAGCCUGGUUAGACGCCAGCCCCAUCUUCCACCCCUUCUCGCUGCUCCCCCUGGAGAUCCGCCUGCAGAUCUGGGAGCAGGCAGCCACGGACCCCGAUCCGACUGAUGUCGUCCUGCGAGAUCCGCCUCGCGACAGACCGCCCCAGCAGAGCCUCUCGUUCCGCGCGGACGCCAACGUGCCACAGAUCCUGCUCGUGAACCGUGAGGCCUACAGGGCCACGCGGCGGUUCUUCCAGCGGGCUUUCAAGGAUCACUCUGACGGGGGCGUGCUCACCAGAACGUACAAGUGGGCUACCUCUCGGAGAUUGUCAUCGAGGUGA